GUGCGUCACAAAAGCCGACCAAGUAACAAAUGCCCAACUUUAGCAUCUUCAAGGAGCCCCGCGGCUUCAUCCGCAUCAUCCAACUGAUCUUUGCCAUCAUUGCAUUCGCCGCGGCGGCGAGCGAGGAGUGCGGCGCAAAGUUCAGCGACUUUGGCAGCGGCAAGGAGAAGGAUCGCUUCGCCUUUUUCAUUGCAACGGGUGUCAUUGCCUUCCUCUUUGACCUCGCCAUCCUCGUCGUCUAUGCCUUCCUGCUCGAGUCGCUUCCCCCGGUUACCGUCAUGGCUGAGCUCGGUUUCACCGCCCUCUGGUCCUUCUUCUGGCUGCUCGCAUCGUCCCUGCUUGCUGACACCGUGAAGGACAUUUCCGACAUUCCCGGAUGCGAGCCCUCGUCGUGGCAAGCGGCUGUCGUGUUUGGCUUUAUCAACCUGAUCUGCUGGGUGGCCAACAUCUACUACCUGUUCAAGGAGACUAAGGCUGCCCCGCCGGUGACCAACCCUGCCGACAGCGGCCCGGCUGCAGUGUAAAACCCAAACACAGACACAAAACGGAAUAAACAAAGAUUCAGUUCCAAACCAACAUCUUCCACAAUGUCAACGCUCUUGCGCAUGUUCUUUUUUUUUCUCUCGUU